CUGUUCUGUGUCGCACCAAUGGUCGGCGUCAACGGGCGCCAAUGACGGCAGCUUGUCGACAUCCCUCCUUCCGCUGCGAUCGACGGCGUCGUGGCAACUUGCGAGCAAGACCCCUCCUCUGCUGCUGCUGCGGCGGCGGGAGAAGGAGGGGGCCCCCGCUUAAAUGGACUGUCGUGUCCGUCCUUCUGACGCUCGUUGUUGCUGGCUUUUUUCUGUUUCCUCGGUUCCGCCGUCCUGUCUUGUCCUCCUCCACAACCCUUUUUCUGUUAAGCUUCUUCCCUAAGCUUCCCGUUGCUGACUUGCCAUCCUUUGUCUCCAGCGACCUCGGUGGUGUUGACUUCUCUCUGCUCCCGCUUUCUCUCAUCGCUUCCCCUCCAAUUAUCAGACACAAUGGCCUCCAAAGCCUUGCCCUCUCACCUCCGCGCCCCCGCCAGCGAGUCCUCCAACGCUGGCGGCUUCGGCAAGCACCACGGAAAGUCCCAGUCUCACAUGGCAUUUGAAAAUGCUUCCACCAGCGUCGCUGCCUCGCAGAUGCGCAACGCCCUGAACGCCCUCGCCGAGUCGGUCCCCGAUACCAACGAGCGCAAGCGUUUCGAGGCCGAGACCGACAACUUCUUCGCCCUCUUCCGCAGAUUCCUCAACGAUAAGGCCAAGGGCAACGAGGUCAACUGGGACCGCAUCGCCCCUCCCCAGCCGUCGCAGGUCGUCGACUACGCCGAUCUCGGCGCCGAGGCCUCGGUCGAAUUCUUGAACAAGCUGGCCGUCGUUAAGCUGAACGGUGGUCUGGGUACCUCCAUGGGUUGCGUCGGACCCAAGUCCGUCAUCGAGGUCCGUGAGGGCAUGUCCUUCCUGGACCUGUCGGUGCGCCAGAUCGAGCACCUGAACCGCACCUUCAACGUGAACGUGCCCUUCGUUCUCAUGAACUCCUUCAACACCGACCAGGACACCCAGUCCAUCAUCAAGAAGUACCAGGGCCACAACGUCGACAUCAUCACCUUCAACCAGUCCCGCUACCCCCGUAUCAUCAAGGACUCUCUCCUCCCCGCCCCCAAGUCGUACGACGCUCCCCUGCAGGACUGGUACCCUCCCGGUCACGGUGACGUCUUCGAGUCGCUCUACAACUCCGGUACCCUCGACAAGCUCCUGGAGCGCGGCGUCGAGUACAUCUUCCUGUCCAACGCGGACAACCUGGGUGCCGUUGUGGAUCUCCGCAUCCUGCAGCACAUGGUGGACACCGAGUCCGAGUACAUCAUGGAGUUGACCGACAAGACCAAGGCCGAUGUCAAGGGUGGUACCAUCAUCGACUACGAGGGCAAGGCCCGUCUCCUGGAAAUCGCCCAGGUGCCCAAGGAGCACGUCAACGAGUUCAAGUCCAUCAAGAAGUUCAAGUACUUCAACACCAACAACAUCUGGAUGAGCCUGCGUGCCAUCAAGCGUGUCGUGGAGGAGAACGAGCUGGAGAUGGAGAUCAUCGCCAACGAGAAGUCCAUCCCCGCCGACAAGAAGGGCGAUGCCGACCAGGCCAUCUACCAGCUGGAAACCGCCGUGGGUGCCGCUAUCCGCCACUUCAAGAACGGCCACGGUGUCAACGUGCCCCGUCGCCGCUUCUUGCCCGUCAAGACCUGCUCCGAUCUCCUGCUCGUCAAGUCCGACCUGUACCGCCUGGAACACGGCCAGCUGGUCAUGGACCCCAACCGUUUCGGCGGUGUCCCCGUCAUCAAGCUGGGUUCGGACUUCAAGAAGGUCUCGGACUUCCAGAAGCGCAUCGGCAGCAUUCCUCGCAUCGUCGAGCUCGAUCAUCUGACCAUCACCGGUGCCGUGAACCUCGGCCGCAACGUGACGCUAAAGGGUACCGUCAUCAUCGUGGCGACCGAGGGCAGCACGAUCGACGUGCCUCCGGGCUCCGUGCUGGAGAACUGUGUCGUGCAGGGAAGCUUGCGUAUUCUGGAGCAUUAGAUGCCGUGAUCUUCCCCUUCUGCGCUUUUCUUCAUUUCUACCGAUUCCCCCUUUCUUUUUUUGUUUGUUUUACACAGCCCUAAUUGAUUCCCUGUCUGGAUGGAGGCAUUUGCAUGGGUUGAUAGAAGCGUGUUAGAGGACAUUGGAGGUGGUCGAGAACGCCGGCUGUUAUUUUUUUUGGAUCCGAUUCAAUCAUGGGAUCUGGCGAUCGAGUUCUAGUGUUCGAAGAUGUUUCAUGACAACAUGUUCGUUGUGGGAAUACAAGAAACUAGUUUAAUCCAGCCUCUUUUGCACUUGUUAG